CACUCCCUCCUACUUUAAAAAAAGCAACACAUGUCCGAUGUUUCACGGCUUCAGUUACUUUAAUCUAACAUAGUAGAGAAACUGUUUUGGACUAUUUUUUGGUCUAUUUUUUGUGUGGCUUUUAUUUUUUUUGUACCACUUUUUUCUUUUAUUAAACCAGUCCGAUUCAAAUCUUUUAAUAUUAGGAUCCAAAACAAACUCAUUAGGUAGCAGCAGCAGCAGCAGCAGCAGCAGCAGCAACAGCAGCAGCAGCACUAUAUUACUUUUCUUUAUUCCGUCUUUGUUAUCAACAUAAACAUCUACCGAUGGAAAACAAAUCUUCGGUGAUUCAUCAAGCUGUGCUGAUGUUACUCUUCAUCACCUGGUGGGAAAACAUAUACUGCGUCGGAUUGAAGGUGGAUCCUCCUGAGGACAUUGUGGUCGUAGACCCUGGUCAUCUUGGACGUCUUGAGAUCACAUGGAGCCCUCCAUCCAGCCUGAUCAACAUGACCCACUGCCAAAAACUCUAUCAGCUGGAGUAUUUCAACACAUAUCAGGACAGUUGGACUGCUAUCAGGACAACACAGAGGUCAUACAGCGCCCAGUUUGACCAGAUGAAAGACGUCAGAGUGAGGGUGUACACUGUGCUGAGUGGACCCUGCACCAAUGGCACCAUGGUCAAGAGUGAAAGCUACUCUGAACUGGUCCAAAAACCUCCCAGCACAGGUGUUGUGGGUACUGAGGUCAAGGACUUUAUCUGUGUGUUCUACAACAUGGAGAACAUGGAGUGCGAAUGGAAAAGAAACCCAAAGUUGUCAGCCGCCGCGCAGCAAAAUCUAUAUUUCUGGCACAAGAAACUGAAACGAGUGGAGGAAUGCCCAAAGUACAUCAUCUCACGUGGAAUCAGGAUCGGGUGCAACUUCUCAGGAAAAGCUCUCCCUGAAUUCACUGAUAUUAAUCUCUGCUUAAAUGGUUCCUCACCUCACGGGCCACUGAAGCCAACUUUCAUCUCCCUGCAAACCCAAAACCAAGUGAAACCCGGGACCACAGAGAGGCUGCAUCUGCAAACAGGUCCAAACGCACAGCUGGAAAUCCACUGGGAGCGUCCUGCUGGGAAUGUCCCCGCACACUGCCUCGAAUGGGAGGUGGAGCACAAUAAAGAGGAACCUGAUGGAAAAACAGAAUUGCAGAUUCUAACGAAACAAACAAGCCUGAAUCUGCAGCUCGUGCAUGGCUCUGAGAGACACUGCGUCAGGGUCCGGUCCAAAUUGAACAUGUACUGUGCGGACAGCAGCUUCUGGAGUGAAUGGAGUCGUCUGAUUUGCCAUCCAGAAAGAAAGGAACCUGCUCUUGAACCUGAAUGGGACAAGGUACAAGUCUACAUCUGCAUUGCUUUUGCAACUUCUGCCAUAGUAUUGCUGUCUUUGUGUGUGGGGACAAUCCUCAAAACGAGGAGAUCCAGAGAUGAGAAGGGGCCGGGCUCUCGCCACUUCUCGACACUUUGUUUGUGAUCAACUCACUUCCCACUGUGACGAUGUUUACUUUUCUGUUAAAGACUAAGGUGUUGUGUUGUUCAGUACCAACUAUUUUGUGCAGUGUAGAAAUGAAUGUUUACUUGUGCCUCACUCUUGCCAGUUAUUUUAGACAAUAACACUUUUACAUUCCAUAGAAAACAGUACACGUGGAUUGAACAUGUGAAAGAAUUGUUUUGUUGCACUUUGGAAGCCUGUCAGUGUUUUAUUACCGUCAUUAUUUACUAGGAGGUGGUUAUUUUCUUUGAAUGGUAAUUGAAGAAAAAAAAAAAUAGGUUAAUUGGGCAUUUCACUGCCAUAUCACUCAACGGGUUCUCUUCUUCUUCUUCUCCUAUUAAAUCUGUCAGGCUGUACACAAGACGCUAAACACUGCCCUCUACAGCUCAAAGUCCUGAAUGUCCUCGAAGUCUGAACUGACUGAUCUAAGCUCUAAUCAGCCCAUUUUCCUUAAAUGUUAGUGUAACCGAUGUCUAUUGCACAUGAACUGUGGUGAAUGUCAUGUACUUUAUACUUAGCACUUACUUCUAGCUCUUGUUUGUACCCAAUUGUUUAAAUGCACUUAUUGUAAGUCGCUUUGGAUAAAAGCGGCUGCCAAUGAUAAUAAUCGACAACUAUUUUGAAAAUCGAUUUUUCAUGAUUAAAACAAGAUUUCUGAUUG